CCCAUCAACCAUUUCAUCUUCUCUCCACUUUACUGAUUCCUCCAUCCCCGGCAGAUCUGAGAAAGAGCUUCAGCUCAGACCGCCAUGGCCAAAUUCUUUGCUCUCUUCGUUUUCUUCACACUCCUUGCCAUCUCCAUUAUGCUCCAACCCACUCUCCUGCAUGCUUCUCAAGGAGGGCAUCAUCACUCUAAUAACCAGAAACCCAACGGCCACUAUGGUCCUGGCAGCCUGAAGAGCUCCCAAUGCCCAUCACAGUGCAGCCGGAGGUGUGGGAAGACCCAAUACCACAAACCAUGCAUGUUCUUCUGUCAGAAGUGUUGCCGGAAAUGCCUGUGCGUUCCCCCUGGCUACUACGGCAACAAGGCUGUCUGCCCUUGCUAUAACAACUGGAAGACCAAGGAGGGAGGCCCCAAAUGCCCUUGAUUUAACGUUAAUUUUAAUUUAGUAGUUUAGUUUAACGUCGUUCGUGUGUUGUCUGUUCUUUGUUUUGUGUACGUGGCUGGUGGAUGUAGUGAACCGUACCCACCAUUGUACUGCUAGCAGUUAUUGUUACUGAACCGGUUGUGUGGUUACUGGUUAGUUGGUGGGUUUCGGUGUUCGGUGUAACCACUCGGUCUUUGAUUGUUAAUUUAGUGCCUAAAAUCUACUUCUAAUGUCUAAACCCCAAGCUUAGCUU